AUCAAAUAUAGUGUGUAAAGUGAACAAAAUGGACAAAAGGUUAACAAAUAUCAUAUUGCUAAGUAUAGCAAUUUUACUACUAUAUACAGGAGCACAAACAAUGGGCAGUAUUCAAAAAACUAUCAUUGAUAGUAUAAAGAAGGACACAUCGUUUGAGGAAAAUGGGUAUUAUAGCCAGGCCAUAAAUAGCGCUUUUUUUUCUGUGUUCACUUGGGCAGUGCCAUCAGUGAUUCACAGUUUUGGUGUUAAGCUGACUCUGUGCUUAGGUGCUCUGUUGAAUGUUUUGUUCAUAUUACAAUUCUUGCUAGAAAAAGUGUGGAUUCUGUACGUGUUCUGUAGUUUAGCAGGCUUUGGUACAGCUUUAUUAGGAGCAGCAUUAGGUAACUAUGUGUCUCUAAACUCUUCAGAGAAUACCAUAAAUAGAAAUACUGCUAUAUUCACAAUAAUUUCGAGUUUUAAUAUGAUAACCGGAAAUAUAAUUGUUAUGUGUGGAUUUAGUGGACACAGAGAAAUAAAUAAACAUACUCGUAUAUUAGUGUUAGCAAUAUUCGCUGGAGUUAGUGCAAUAGGGUUAAUAGUGUUUUUAUUUCUUCCUAAACAUCAAAAGGAGGAAAAGAGUAAAGAUAUUAGUGACUCUGGAGCAGUAGAGUCGUUUUUAGAAGCACUUAAGUUAUCUAUUACCAAAAAUAUGUUACUAUUAGGCGUAAUUUUUAUGUAUGGAGGAAUACUUUCCGGAUUUAUGAAUGGAAUUUACUCCUCCGCACUAGGUUUUACGCAGAACCUUCAAAACUCUAAGCAAUUGGUUGGCUUAUCCGGAAUAUUUGUAGGUAUCGGAGAAAUAUUUGGAGGCAGUGUAGUAACUAUUUUUGGUAAAAAAGUGGUUGAUUUAGGUCGAAAUCUCUUGACAGUAAUUGCAUGUUCUUUGCAUAGCUUAAGUUAUAUAUUAAUUUUUAUUAAUCUUCCAAAUAACUCUCCAUUUGGAGAUACGACUGACAAAGCUAUUAUAGAAAGUAAUACAGUUCUUGCCAUGUUUUGUUCAUUUCUUUUAGGACUUGGAGAUUGUAUAUACGUAAAUGUUAUAUUUAGCUUAAUAGGAACAAUUUAUUCUGAAAACUCUGCAACAGCUUUUUCGAUCUUACAAUUUUUUGUUGGUAUUGCAUCAGUUAUUGAUUUUCUUACUGCUGAUUAUUUAGGAAUGUAUUACCAAGUUGCAACUUUGUUUAUAUUAGGGAUACUGGGUACUACGAGCCUUAUAACAGUAAACAUUUCCAGCAAGCAAAAUAAGAUAAUUGAACAUAAAAGCAAAACUGAAAUUUCUCAGUAAAUUUCCACAUGAAUCUCAAUAAUAUUAAAUUUCAUUGUAUAUUAGGUUUUAUUGUAUGUUUAAGUACUGUAAAAAAUUGUAUAUUGUAAUUUAUUAAAUAUUUUUAUAUUGUAAUGUAUUAUACUGUAUA